AUGGCAGCUUCGCCGCAGGACAUUUCAAGUACAGCAUGGUCCUUUGCUAAGCAAGGCUAUGCAGGCACUUCCUUCUUCCAAGCUCUUGUGCUAGUGUUGCCAUCGCGCUUGCCCCAAUUUGGAGCGCAGGAGAUGUCCAACAGCGUGUGGGCCUUUGCAACGCUUUUGCUGUCUGCCGACCCGUUGCUCGCUUCAGUUGCGGAGGCAGCGUUGCCAAGACUUCGCACUUGGCGCCCACAGGAGUUGGCCAACACCGUGUGGACAUACGCGCGCCUGUGCUUCCUCCAUGAGGAUUUGAUGGUUGGAAUUGCAGACCGUUUGAUGGUGUUAAGGUCAACUUCUGAGGUUGGCACCUUCACAGUGCAGGAGAUGGUCAACACCGUAUGGGGUUGCGCUCAGGUGAUGUUCUGCCAUGAGAAACUCUUGGAGUCCAUCGGGCAGACAGCCAUCGAGCAAGCCAGUGAGUGGCAUCCAAGAGAUUUGGCCAACACAAUAUAG